AUGUUUCUAGAACCGCUCCUCCCAAAAUUCUCAGCAACCACGCUGAUCGCAGGAGUCGCAGUAUUCUGCUUUGGAAUCUACGCCGUGGCAGUUGCAGGAAGAUAUCAAUUCAGCGCCAAAUCCCCAAAGCGAACAAAAGCGGGGUAUCCGAUUAUAGGAGCUAUCCAUUUCUUCACUGCUCGAUGGGAUUUCUUCCGACAUGCCAGACAACAAGCACCGACUGGGAAUUUCAGUUUCUUUCUUGGGAAGCACCCCGUUGUUGGGUUGACUGGUGAUAAAUCACGCAUUUUAUUUUUCGAGAGUCGGGAAUUGGGAUUCGCUGAAGGGCAUGUUUUGCUUCUAUACAAAGGAUGUGACAUCAUAAAAGGGCUAACAUAUAAGUUGUAGAUAUGCGGUCCUCUUUGGACAAUCUCCGAAUAGCCUGCAGGAUGAGAGGGCGGUAGCCAAUGAAAAGGACUUCACAACCUAUUUCUCUCGUCGCCUUACUCGUAUGCUUAGAAACGAGAAUUUCAACAAAAGUUAGCAGGGUAAAAGAAAGAUCCAAUUCGAGCGCUGACUGACGUCGGUUUAGGCUUGCCCAAACUGAUGGAAGAUGUCCAGAUUAGCAUGAAAAAACUACGCGAUGACCCAUCUGGCAUCACCGACCCCUUUGAAAGCGUUUACCGAAUUGUUUAUCAAUUGACUAUCCGCAUGGUGGGUUCUGAUGAUAUUGCAAACGAUCCCGAGCUCUGCGAGAAGACACUUCAGUUGUAUCACACCAUCGAAAAUAGUUCCACGGCUAUAGCAAUUAUGUAUCCAUGGUUUCCAUCACCCGCCAAAAUUAAACGAACAAUUGCAGCCGGCCGCCUUUAUGUGUUGAUCCAGAAGAUUGUUGAUGAAAGGAAGAAGUCAGGCCACAGAGGAGACGAUCCUUUGCAAUACCUAAUGGAUGAAGGCGAAGAUGUCAAAAGGAUAAUUGAGGUGAAUCAUUCCUCGCGCCUAUAUAAAAUGCAUCAAUCAGCUAACCCUACAUUAUCAAGUUCGUCAUUGGUGCGCUGUAUGCUGGGCUCCUCAACAGCGGCAUCAACGUAGCCUGGGUCCUACUCUAUCUCUCCAAAGAUCCCUACUGGAUGUCCAAAGUCCGAGAAGAAGUCAAAACAGUCGCCGCAAAAUACUGUCCCGACACCGACGCUCCACUCUCUCAGCAACUUACAUACGUUCCCGUCGAAGCGUGGGAAUCCGAGUUCCCUGCGCUGGAUCUAUGUCUCAAAGACAGUAUUCGUCUGCAGCUCCUCGGUGCGGCUUUCCGUAAGAAUACGAGUGGUCGUGAGAUUCCUACCGGUGUUGGUGAUGAAGUGAUUCCUCCUGGUGCUUAUGUAACGUACCAUACUGCGGAUGUCAGUUUGGACCCAACUAUUUACCCAGAUCCACUUAAAUGGGAUCCAGCAAGAUACUUGCCUGAUAGAGCGGAGGAUAAGAAGAGGCCAUAUGCGUAUAUCGGCUGGGGAGUGGCCAGACACCCGUGCCGUAAGUUUUCCUUUAGAAUUUUUCAAAUUCAAACCAUUGACUGACGGUUGCCGUUUCUAGUUGGGAUGAGGGUAAGAAACCUAUAUAUACAUUGAGAAAUUUCAGUCCAUGCUGACAUGAAGUAGUUCGCCAAACUAGAACAAAACCUCAUCACCGCAUUUUUCAUUGCCAAUUUCGAUUAUGAAUUAACCGACAAACAUGGAAACCCACUUGCAACGAUGCCAUCAGUCGACUACAACGGAACUUCCGCCACGAAGCCCAAACCUCCGAUUUACUUCAAGUACCAAGUCAGAUGAGUUUCCAAAAGUAAGGUGAAAUCGGUAUGUAACGGGUAUGUAUUAUAGCAGUGCGGAACCUCAAAAUGGUGUGUAUGAUGAAUCUUUUGGGAUAUACUUGUAGUGGAAUUAUGUAAGGGUAUUAGCGUUGGUUUGGAUGGAGUUUUGAAUCUUUCUCACGAGUUUUCCUUUAAUUGGAACCACAUUUGUGUAAUAUUAAAAAGACAUUUGAUCUAUUCAAUGAAC